AUGAGGAUUUUAAUAAACAAUGAUCAAGAUAAGAAUUGUAAAUAAUAUCCAAGAUUAAUUGCUAAAGACAGUUCAGAAAAUCAAUAAGUCAAAUUCUAAAAAAUUGAAUUUUACAAUAAAUUACAUAAGUAAGUAAAACCAAGUGUAGUUUUGAAAUCCUUACAUAAAACCAAUAAUGAAAUUCAUAGUUAUUAAUUAAUUAAGAUUUCACAUGAUUUGCAAAGACAAAGAAGAAAAAGCUACAAUGAAGGCUCUAUUUCAUAAAAAAUUGUAAGUGAUUUAGUUUAUUCUAAAGUUGAAUAUAGAUAUUAAAUACCCUAGAACUAUUAUAUAAUAGCAUCAAUUUUUAGAUAGAGUCAAAGAUCUUAGAAGAAGAGCAAUAUAAGGUAGAAUGAAAACCAAAUUUCAGAAAUCGUUUAAGAAGAUAGAUACACCAAAUACAAGCCAAUUCCAUCCUUUGAAUCAUUCUAGUUCUAAUAAGGAUUCUCAUUAUGAUAGCAUGUAGGAUAUCAAAGUUCUAAGGACAUUUACCAAGGAUCGCACUUACUACUAACGACCAUUGGAAAAAAAAUGUUCUGAUUUGAUAUCAGAUUCCCCAAGUGAACCUAGUAUUUAAUUACAGUAAACAAGAAAACAUAUAGUUUUUGCACCUAAAUAAAAACAGUAUGUUUUACUGUAAUUAAAUAAAUACAAACAUAAACCUUAUGAAUAAAUUAAACGAGAUUCCAUCAUAAAAUUUCUAUCAGAAACAAAGGAAACUCGAAUUUAUACAGCUCCUUAGACAGCUCCCCUAUUUUAACAUAGACUUCAACCUUAUUUCGCUAUAUAAAAGAAAGUUAAUCUAAAAAAAUCUAGCUUUACAUCUUCUUCAUAAAGAGUAAAAACAAUAAUGUGA